AUGUCCCGGCACCACAGCCGCUUCGAACGAGAUUACCGGGUGGGCUGGGACCGCCGUGAGUGGAGCGCCAACGGCACACAUGGGACCACCAGCAUCUGCAGUGCCACCGCUGGGGCUGGUGGCAGCACAGCCAGCAGCCUCAGUGCCCGGCCGGGCCUCCUUCCACUACCUGUGGUACCCUCUCGGCUGCCAACACCUGCCACAGCCCCUGCUGCCUGCACCACUGGCAGCAGUGAGGCCAUCACCAGCCUCGUGGCCAGCUCUGCCUCAGCCGUCACCACCAAGGCUCCUGGCAUCUCCAAAGCGGACAAUCAGUCCCAGGGACUGGCGACCAGCAUCCGGUGGGGACAAACGCCCAUCAAUCAGUCCACACCCUGGGACACUGAUGAGCCACCUUCCAAACAGAUGAGGGAGAGCGACAACUCAGGCACAGGGCCAUGGGUGACCACGGUGUCCGCCGGGAGCCAGCCCGCCCUGAUCGCACACUCCUAUGGAGUGGCCCAGCCUCCCACCUUCAGCCCAGCUGUGAACGUUCAAGCCCCGGUCAUUGGGGUGACCCCCUCACUGCCUCCACAUGUGGGGCCCCAGCUCCCGCUGAUGCCAGGCCACUACUCGCUCCCACAGCCACCUUCCCAGCCUCUGAGCAGCGUGGUGGUCAACAUGCCUGCCCAGGCCCUGUAUGCCAGCCCGCAGCCACUGGCCAUGUCCACACUGCCUGGUGUGGGGCAGGUGGCUCGCCCAGGACCUGCCGCUGUGGGCAAUGGCCACAUGGCAGGGCCUCUGCUCCCUCCACUGCCACCGGCCCAGCCGUCUGCCACUCUGCCCAGCAGUGCCCCUACCACCAAUGGGCCCCCCACCUCUGAAUCGGCCCACGGGCUGCAGAUGCUGCGGACCAUUGGCGUGGGGAAAUAUGAGUUCACCGACCCAGGGCACCCCAAAGAAAUGUUGAAGGAAUUGAACCAGCAGCGCAGAGCGAAAGCGUUUACAGACCUGAAAAUUGUUGUUGAAGGCAGAGAGUUUGAAGUCCACCAAAAUGUUCUAGCUUCCUGCAGCUUGUAUUUCAAGGACCUGAUUCAAAGGUCCAUGCGAGAUGGUGGCCAGGGAGGCCGGGAGAAGCUGGAGCUGGUCCUGUCGAACCUGCAGGCAGAUGUCCUGGAACUGCUGCUGGAGUUUGUCUACACGGGAUCCCUGGUCAUCGACUCGGCCAACGCCAAGACCCUGCUGGAGGCAGCCAGCAAGUUCCAGUUCCACACCUUCUGUAAAGUCUGUGUGUCCUUUCUUGAGAAGCAGCUGACAGCCAGCAACUGCCUGGGGGUGCUGGCCAUGGCCGAGGCUAUGCAGUGCAGUGAACUCUACCACAUGGCCAAGGCCUUUGCGCUGCAGAUCUUCCCCGAGGUGGCGGCCCAGGAGGAGAUCCUCAGCAUCUCCAAGGAUGACUUCAUCGCUUACAUCUCCAAUGACAGCCUCAACACCAAGGCCGAGGAGCUGGUGUAUGAGACUGUCAUCAAGUGGAUCAAGAAGGACCCUGCAUCCCGUGCACAGUAUGCAGCUGAGCUCCUGGCAGUAGUCCGCCUCCCCUUCAUCCACCCCAGCUACCUGCUCAAUGUGGUUGACAACGAGGAGCUGAUCAAGUCAUCAGAAGCUUGUCGGGACUUAGUAAAUGAGGCCAAACGCUACCAUAUGCUGCCCCAUGCUCGCCAGGAGAUGCAGACGCCCCGGACCCGACCCCGCCUCUCGGCAGGUGUGGCUGAGGUCAUCGUUUUGGUUGGGGGCCGUCAGAUGGUGGGGAUGACCCAGCGCUCACUGGUGGCUGUCACCUGCUGGAACCCACAGAACAACAAGUGGUACCCCUUGGCCUCGCUCCCUUUCUAUGACCGUGAGUUCUUCAGUGUAGUGAGUGCCGGGGACAACAUCUACCUCUCAGGUGGGAUGGAAUCAGGGGUGACGCUGGCUGAUGUCUGGUGCUAUAUGUCCCUGCUUGAUAAUUGGAACCUCGUCUCCAGAAUGACUGUCCCCCGCUGUCGGCACAAUAGCCUUGUCUACGAUGGAAAGAUUUACACCCUCGGGGGACUUGGCGUGGCAGGCAAUGUGGACCAUGUGGAGAGGUAUGACACCAUCACCAACCAGUGGGAGGCAGUGGCCCCUCUUCCCAAGGCAGUGCACUCUGCAGCAGCCACCGUGUGUGGUGGCAAGAUCUACGUGUUUGGUGGGGUGAAUGAGGCAGGCCGAGCUGCAGGAGUCCUCCAGUCUUAUGUUCCACAGACCAACACGUGGAGCUUUAUUGAGUCCCCAAUGAUUGACAACAAGUAUGCUCCCGCUGUCACCCUCAAUGGCUUCGUUUUUAUCCUGGGUGGGGCUUAUGCCAGAGCUACGACCAUCUACGACCCUGAAAAAGGAAACAUUAAGGCGGGCCCAAACAUGAAUCACUCUCGCCAGUUCUGCAGUGCCGUGGUGCUCGAUGGCAAGAUUUAUGCAACUGGAGGCAUCGUUAGCAGCGAGGGGCCUGCCCUGGGUAAUAUGGAAGCCUAUGAGCCCACAACCAACACAUGGACCCUCUUACCCCAUAUGCCCUGCCCUGUGUUUAGACAUGGCUGCGUGGUGAUAAAGAAGUAUAUUCAAAGCGGCUGACAUCAACAGAAGGCCCACGACAAGACUGUGGACAAGUCUGGUGAGGCAAAUGCUAUACAGAAUGAUAAGUUACCGGCAACCCCAAGAAGAGGCCAACAAAACGCAAUCAAGGAAUCACUGCGCAAAACAUUUUGAAUAUUCUCUACAUUGAAUGUAGAAAAUCAUCCUCGCCUUCGGGCGAGACGAGCAGCAGGAACCAUGGACAUACCAAGACGGGGCUUGCUUGCUCCCACAGAGGCACUUGCUCUGAACGGAGGCACUCACUCUGCCCGGUGCAAUAGAGUUUCACAUAUUUUUCAACUGGGAGAGAGAAGCUGUUUUUUCCUUCCUGCAGAGCAAGCUUGAUCCCUCAACAACCAUAGAUCAGUUAUCCUAUGACAAUACUAGGCAUCAGGCUCUCUUGGAAUAAGAUCAAAGUGGCCUUAUCACUUUGAUUCCUACUUUUGUUUUUAACCAAUCCACACUUUCAGUGGCUGAGAGAAAACAAUGGACAAGACUGUGGGGCCAGAGGGCUCAUAGGCUGCUGGUCUCCCUGGGGACCAGGAGCAGCAACCGUGCAGAGCCAGGGCGUGGCUGGAACCCGUGCUGCAGGGGAGUGGUUGGGACAGCGCUGGGAGAGCUGUCUGUCCUUCACAGGUUUUUCUACCAUGUUUUUGCUGGAGAAGGACAAGGGGAUUGUGCUAGCUUUCUGUUACUCAAUAUGAAUUAUUUAGAUUUCCAAGGCAUUUUCUUGAUAAACAAAAGGCUAUUUUUAAGUACAGAGAGAAGGAGGGGGCCGCUAGAGGGAUAAUGAUGUGGAAAUUCCCAAAGCUAGGUAGUGCCCGAAUGGGGCAUUUGCUCUAAUUUUUCUAUGUGCAGAAUAGAGGAGCUCUCCUGGGGGGUGGGCAAAUGCCCUCAUUUUAUUUUUAGAAAAAGCAACUCCCAGACAGCCCCAUAAGAGCUGUGCCUUGCAGAGGCACUGUCAACAGAAGAAGACUCUGUUCCCGCAGGAAACCAGUUCUGGCUCAUGACAUCAGUGCAGCUCCCUCGGUGAGGCAAAGCUGAGGACCCAGGCCAGGUGAGAAGGGAAGGAGGGAGGGCGGGGAAAUAAAUGUCUAUAAAAGCACAGGAGACUAUUUUUGAUAUUUAUAGCUAUAUAUUAAGGCACCUGCCGCAAGAACGCUCAGGUUGGGGACAGCCUUCUUCAACGAGCCAUGACAGCCAAGGCCUGAUGGGCAUGAGCAGAAUCACUCUUCUUGUAGCAGAUUAACCUGAGAAAAGGGGAGCCAGGAGGGAUGGCACACUGUGGCUCGAAAGAGAAAGGCCUUCCUGCUAGUCCUCAGACCCUCAGACCUCACAUGGCAAUCAGUUUCCAUUCCAGGGCAGCAAGAAUGCUGCCACUGCGCUGUUGACUUGAAGUUGGUACCAAAUACACACUUAACCAUUUUUAUAUCUGGGAAGUCAACUUGCCGUCAUCGUUUCACGAUAAAAUUAUUUACGAGGAGAAAAGGACAGGACACGCUUCCCAUCUCUCAGUAUUUGAUGACACAAUAUCCCAACUCUUAUGUCGGGCAUCAACUUCUAGCACUACAAAGUGUGGCUCCCACUUGGACAAGAUAUACCGAGCUUCGUUAUGCAGUUUUUAAUCUUAUUUAUUAUUUUUAAAAGUAAUAAGCACAAAACUACAUACAUUGUAUGUCAUUUAAAGUAUUUAUGUCAAACAGGGUGCAAGUGUGAACCCAAGGACUGGAGCACAAAUUUCUAACUGCCUGGGGCAGGGCUAAUGCUAGCGUUGGUGUGCGUCUGCCUCCAAAGGAGGUGUUAGUGGUCAGCAGGACUCAACACAGAUGACAUUGAAAUUCCGUUUCUCUCCUCAUCUAUCACACUGGAGCAAAACUGGCUAUUUCUGUGAAUGAUAUAAAACAGGGUUCUCUGUAAUGGUAUUGUACAUAGUAUAUGUUUAUUGUUAAGUUCUUGUUAUAUUAUAAUAAAUAUAUUUAUAGAUCUAGA